ACACCUACUUCUACCUGCCUGCUCUGUUGCUCCACCUUUUGUCAGAAAUGUGUUUUGCUGUUAUUUUUAUCUACCAUCAGAUAAAUAGGGCACUUGGUUGUCUUGCACCUUUCUGAAGCCAUUCCACACACAAAACCACAGGUAAAAUGGAAAAAGGUGAAGGACCUCCUCUAGAUAGUGCAGUUGUACAAGAUAUUCCAGAUAAAAAGAUGGGAAAAGAUGAGGGGCCUCCCCCAGUUGAACCAGAUAUUCCAAAUAGCCCAGCACCACCAUAUCCUGGCUCCCCUUUGGACAGUAACAUGCAAUUUACCCAGCCCGAUGCUGUACAGUAUCAACAAUCGGCUGAUCCGCCAUAUCCUCAGCACCAAUUUGCUCAGCCUGAUAUUCAGCAGUAUCCACAAGCUUUUGAUCAGCAAUAUCCUCAGCAGCAAUUCCCCCAACCUGAUGCUCAGCAAUAUCAACAAACUGAUUAUCAGCAAUAUCACGAGCAGCAAUUUCCCCAGCCUGAUGCUCAGCAAUUUCAACCACAAUAUGUUAUGCCUGUUCAGCAACCUCAAUCACAACCACAACAACAACAACCACAAGUUGUGCAAAUCGUUAACCAACAUCAUGUUGUCCAGCCAAUGAACCAGCCGGCAAUGGUGGUGCAACAAAUGCCCACUGAACAUCCUGGAACUAUGAUAUGUCCACAUUGCAGGAGCCAAGUUGUGACUGUAAUUAGUUACAAAGUAGGCUGCUACACCUGGAUCAUCGUUGGAGUGCUGUUUGCAUUUCUAUGCUGGCCUUGUUGUUUGAUUCCCUUUUGUUGCAACUCUUGCAAGGAUGUGGAGCAUUCCUGUCCACAAUGCCACAACAAACUGUACACCUAUGAACGAAAAUGAGACAAAGGUUUCCAUCCUACAGUGACUGAAUAAGAUGAUGAAUCUCACUAAGGUCGACUGUAAAACAUUUAUGAAGUUUCCCUGAUAUAUUUUACCAAAUUGUUAAAAGAUGACAUUAACUUGUGCUCGUUUUACUCUAUGAUACGACAUUGUUAAUGGAUUUGAUUUAAUAGCUUGGUGUAAUCAUUUAUUAAAGAUAAAGAAUGUAUUGCUUGCUCCUCUGGAUCUUGUUUCCAUAUUGUUUCUUGUCAGAUUACUUAUUCUAACAUUAAAAGUUUUUUUUUAAUAUACCUUCAUGUAUAUUAACCUAAAGAAAGCUUUUGGAAUAUAUUGAAAGAUAUCUAAACCUUAAUUUCAUGAAUCACUUCAUACAUCAGAAAUGUAUAUGUUGAUCAAAAAUGUAAUAUACUGAAAGCCUUUUAUAAUCAUGCAGUUAGAUCAUAUCCUACUCUGAUAAUGCUGUUGACUUUAUAAUACAUGCUUGAAUAAUUAAUAAUCAGUGAUUAAACUGGAGACCAAUGCUCAAAUUCA